AUGAGUCUUGUUGAGGACCAAUUCGAGACCGGUACUCUCCACCAUUUCUGGGACUGGGCUUUGCCUGGUAUUAUGGGGAUAUUCUGGAUGGAUAAUAUGACAUUGGCUAACGUCGCCGCAUAUGAGAGCUUCAAGAUGAAAGUCCUGAUAUAUUCGUUUAAGUGA